AUGUUAGAUGUAGAUGCUAUAAAAAAUAAUAAUUUAUUUAAAAUAGAUCAACAGCAAAAUAGAGAUCUAAAAAAUAAAGAAAAAUAUGAAAUUGUUUCUAGAUUAUCUAAUGCUAUUACUUGUAGAAGGUAUCAAUAUGCAUAUGAACAUCAAAGUAUAGGCAAUUUAAAAAAGACAGCUAUUUUAGAAGAGCAAAAGCAAUCAUCUUAUCAAAAAAAUGAUUCAUCUUUUAAUAUAUUAACUGUUUAUAAUUUAGUUUUCAAGAAACAAAAAGAAGCUCUACAAGUUAAGCAUAUUAAAAGUUCAUUUGAAUCAACAAAAUCACAUUUUAAUAGUAAUAGUAGUUUAAAAAAAAAGACUACAGACACAUGCCUUUGCUUUCAUUGCAAGCAACUGAAUGAUUAUACCAAGACUUGUAUUAUUGCACUUUAA